AUGGGCGCGAGGACGAGCGACCGCGCGCGUCGUCCGCGCGCGAACGCGUCGUCGACGGGUUCGAGCGAGACGUCGACACGUCGAGCGACGGGACGUCGACCGAGACAGAGCGCGCGCGCGAGCGCGAGACGAGGGGCGAUCGAGUGGAGACGCGCGAGGGAGACCGAGGGUAGAAAUAUCACCGCGAGGUCUCCACCGCGAGCGAACGCGAUAUCGCCCACGGAGGAGCUGGGAGAGCGCGAGCGCGAGGGCGCUCGCGCUGGCGCGGACGAGCCCGGGACGACGCUGGCGCCGCAGACGACGACGAGCGAUUACAAUCGUGAAAUCGAGGACGAAGCGAUGAGGAGUGGUCUGGAUGAAGUCACUGAAAAGGCGAGCAUGGCGAGCGUGAUUGCGCUAAUCGUGGGCAGCACCGUUGGAGCGGGCGCUCUUGCGCUCCCGGAAGCCACGGCGCCGUCCGGGAUAGUUCCAGCGGGAGGCGCCUUACUGGGGGUGUGGAUCAUGCUGGUGUGUGACGCGCUACUGAUCGCUGAGGUCAAUCUUAAGAUGAUGCGAGAGCGGGACGAAGAGCGAUUGAUUCACGGGAGAGGACACAGCCCGGUUGUGAUUCCCCUGAACGAGAUGGCCGAGCGCACUCUGGGAGAGCAAGGUCAGGUCCUCAUGAACAGCAUCUAUGGAGCCGUGUCGCUCACGAUACUCGUCGCCUACAUCAACAAAGCUGGAGAUUUACUGAACGGGGUCACCGGCAUCGAUGCCGCCGUGGUCGCCACGGCGUUCACCGUCGUGUUUGGAGGCCUCGUGUGCGUCGGAGGAACAAAACUCGCUAAUUCAAUCAACCAAACUUUAACGUACGUCUGCCUCAUCGCGUUCUGUAUGUUCUUGGGGGCUGGAUCACUUUACGCUCACUGGAGUGACGCUCCGUGGACGGGCUCGAUGAGCGCAGUUCCGGAGGCUAUUCCAAUCAUCUUUUUGACCCUCGUGUUUCAUGAUUUGGUGCCUGUCGUCUGUUCUAUGCUUGAAGGCGACGCAGCGAAAAUUAGGAAGGGUAUUUUGAUCGGCUCGGCGAUUCCUCUCGUGAUGUUCGAACUCUGGGAUACCAUCGCCCUCGCGGUUGCCGCGGGAGACGUUGGCAAGGAUCCUCUGGAUAUCAUCUCCGCCGACGUCGGCGGUGCAGCAUCAGUGAUGCUGGGCACCUUUGGCAUCGCCGCGCUCGCCACAUCGUUCAUCGGCUGUGUCCUAGGAAUAUCUUCCGCCGCGCAGCCGUUCGUGGAUGAUAUUUUGCUCAAGUUGGACGAACCACCAGAAGAUGCGAGGAUGACGCACGCUUUGUUCGAGGCUUUGGACACAUAUGAUGCAGAGCGGAAGCCUGGCGCUCCGAGCGCGUCGCGUUUACUCACCUUCGGCGGUAUCGUCACCGUUCCGCUCGCUAUCGCGGCGUCAUUUCCGAACAUAUUCUUACCUCUCAGUGGUUUCGUCAGUGCGUAUGGGAUGACGACAAUUUACGGUGUUAUGCCACCCCUCAUGGCACUGAGCCUGAGACGCGAGUCGCGCAAGUACGGAGAAGAUCCGUCUACGUCUGCGAAUAUAUCGCUCCCUGGGGGUGAACCCACCCUUAUCACUCUCAUCGCUAGCGCAGUGAUGAUCACUAUAGAUAAAAUGUACGAUGAUGUCUCCGCCCUAUGCGGGGGAUCUAUUUUUGCGAGUGCGAGCGUCGCCGAUGUCGCAGAUAUCGCCUCGCUCGCUCCCGUGUUGUCUUAG